AUGUCGAAAGAUAUUGAAAAAAUCGUGUCUGUUUUACGCAAAGGAAUCACUGAAGGCGUUUUAAACACCUUAGAAUCACGUAAAUGUGCCAUCCGAAAUAUUCUAAAGUUGUUCUUGGAAAACGAGGAAGACAUUGUCAAAGCACUAGAGAAAGAUCUUCGCAGGUGUCGAACUGAAUCUAUUUUAACGGAUAUAGACCCUUCAGUAGGUGAAGCGAAAACAAUGCUCUCUAAUAUGGAUUCAUGGUUGAAAGAGGAGUCGGUUCCAUCGUCAUUCAUCACGUUAAUGGAUACAGUAACUAUUCAAAAGCAGCCAUACGGUGUGGUUUUAAUAAUAAGCCCUUGGAACUUCCCCUUCAUUUUAUCAUUUCAGCCUCUAAUUGGUGCAAUCGCUGCUGGGAAUAGUGUUCUUCUUAAGCCGUCAGAAUUGACUCCAGCGUGUUCUCAGCUGAUUGCUGAGCUUAUCCCUAAGUAUUUAGAUAAACACAUAUGUCAAGUCAUUUGUGGAGAUGGUAGUGUAUCUAAGAUACUUCUGGAAACUCAGCGUUUUGACCUCAUAUUUUACACGGGUGGUACAACCAUUGGUCGCGAAGUUUACGUUGCCGCUGCGAAAAAACUUACUCCUGUUGUUUUGGAACUUGGGGGAAAUGUCCUGUGUAUAUUGAUUCGGAUCAAACUUCUGAAUUGUGGACAAAUAUGUAUUGCUGCGGAUUACUUAUUGUGUCACGAAAAAAUACUACCUGUUCUGAAAGAGAGAAUUGAAGAAACCAUAAAGCAGUUUUUAGGCGAUAAUCCUCAAAAAUGUCCUGAUUUUGCACGCAUCGUCAAUGUCAGGCAUUUUCAGCGUCUUACAGAUCUACUGAAACAAACCAAAGGCAAAGUUAUGGUCGGUGGCAUGUCAGAUGUGAAUGACAAAUAUAUUGCCCCAACUGUUGUAUUUGAUGUUGAUGAAGAGGAUAUAUUAAUGCAAGAUGAGAUCUUUGGGCCAAUACUUCCUGUGUUGUCUGUAAAAUCUCCUUCUGAAGCGAUUCGGAUAAUUAAUUCCAAAGAAAAACCUUUAGCCAUUUACGUGUUUACUCGAAACAAAUCAGUAUUCGAUGAUUUCAAAAUGGCUACAUCUAGUGGUGCGAUUAUGAUGAAUGAUUGUACUGUACAUACUCUUAUACCAAAUAUUCCUUUCGGUGGUAUUGGUCACUCCGGAAUAGGGAACUAUCAUGGUCGUUAUUCGAUUGAAACCUUUUCCCAUCGUCGCCCAGUUAUUCUCAAGUCAGAAGUCGAAUACAUAAAUAAUAAAAUCCGUUAUUAUCCGUAUACUGAAAGUGGCCUGAGUUGGUUGCGUUGGAGUCUGAAGAAAUCAGAUAGAAAUGGCUGCCAAAUAUUAUAA